GUCCUUCUUCUAUGAUUGAACAUAACAAAGGCAACAGGAAAACGUGGGACCUUCGCCCAGAAGAUGAACUCCGGUUCGAAGUCGCCUUUGGAUCUUCUAUAUUGCUGAAGCUGGUGGAUGGAACGGCCGAAAUCAACGGCACAGAACUCGCUGGAGAUACCGAAUACGUCUUCAAAGACAUCAAAACCCACGUCUUUACGUGGAGCGGAUGUCAGAUUUUGAUUGAGGGGACCUGCCAGGCUUACGUGGCGAACGACACGCAAAUGAAGUUUUAUUUGAAUAUUCACCAUGUGCUUCAAUCCUAUCGCCAGAAAGCCCGUCAGGACGCGAAGAAGUCGGUGCAUGGGCCCCGCGUCCUGGUGGUGGCGCCAACUGACAGCGGAAAAAGCACGUUGUGCAGCAUUUUGACCAAUUACGCUGCGCGACUAGGUGAGAAAGUCACGCUCGUUGAUUUGGACGUCGGACAGAACUCUUUGACCAUUCCAGGGACUCUUUCGGCCUGCGUCAUUGACAAACCGCAGCUUUCUGUUGACACCUACGGACAGUGCAUUCCCCUGACCUAUUUCUAUGGAUCCGUGAGUCCGGGCGAUAACCAAAAGCUUUACAUCACUCAAAUGCAAAACUUGGCUAACGCCUUGCUUCAAAGAGACCAAAUGGACCCGGACGUCCUCGCGUCGGGGUGGAUCGUUAAUACAUGCGGGUGGGUUGACGGUGCCGGCCUCAAACUGAUCUAUGCGGCCAUCGCGACGUUCGUUCCUAGCGUUAUUUUGAUCAUUUCUUACGACAAACUCUACCAUUCCAUUUCAACUUAUUUGAACGAGAAAACGGAGCUGAGUCACGCCCAAGUCAUCAACGUCCCCAAAUCUCCGGGCGUUGUGAUUAGAGACACAGAAUGGAGGAAGGCUACCCGAGAUGCGAAGGUCAGAGAAUACUUCUACGGCGCGCACCGAGAAUACCUCCCGCGUAAUAUUGUCGUCCCUUUUAGCAAAGUCUCAAUAUAUAAAGUCAUUCAGAAGCCCAUUGCACCCAUGUCGGCCAUGCCUAUUGGACACCAAGCUCAGGAAGAGGCUCUACGUGUUGUCACAGUGACCCCCACACAACACGCUAUUUUGGCCGUUUCCAGAGCCACAAGCGAAGACACAAUCAUCUCCUCCAACGUGGCAGGAUUUCUGCGCGUCAUAGACGUCAAUCAAGAAAAAAAUUUUAUGAAGUGCCUAGCACCUAAUUUGGACGACUUGCCUGGGACAUUUUUGAUCAUGAGCAAUUUGAAAUUCACAGACUCCUCUUCCUAAAUCACGGGGCAUUUGCCUUAACGUGUUUUUUUU